UCCAGCCACUCACACAUACACCAGUUCACAGAGCAAAGUUUACAGUGCAGCGUUCUGUAGAAACAGAUCAAGAGAGGGAGAGGACAGGGAAGUGGAGAAAUAUGACAGGUUACACUUACUCAGCUCUCAUGGAUAUAUUAAUGCUCCUGUUGUUCCUUCUGUCUGGAGCAGCUUCUGACCUGAAUGAGGUAACAGUGGAUCCUGGAGAUGAUGUCAUUCUACCAUGUCAGGCUGAUGAUUCCUCCAUCAGUGCUGUAGAGUGGAGCAGACCUGACCUGGAUCCAGAUAUCGUCCUUUUAAACAUUGACGGACACUUGAAAUCAACCUAUCAGCAUCCAUCCUUUAAGGACAGGGUGGAGCUGGUGGACAGAGAUCUGAAGGACGGGAACGUGUCUUUAAUUCUGAAGAAUGUGAGCAGACACGACAGAGGAACAUAUGAGUGUCGAGUUGUAUCAGCUGGUUCAAGACGUAGAAAGAGAGCAAUCAUUGACUCUGAGCCAAUCAGAAUCUUCCUUCUGCAGGUUCCAGAGCCACCAGGUCAGAAGAGCGCAAUGAUUGAUGUCCCUGAGGAUGGAAACUCCUCUCCUGUAGGCCGAUACCAUGGACUGGCAGCAGGUGUUCCAGUUGGACUGGUUCUUGUAGCUGCUGCAGUGGUUGUUGUCCUGAUAUAUCGAAGACAUAAAGACAUAAGACCAGGACCGCCUGCUGAUGAUGCUGAUCCCCUUCGUGAAUCACCACCUUGUCGUGGUGGAGGGGCUUGUGUCUCCGAGUCUGAGUGCUGUACUGUCUGGAGCUCUAGGGUUUCCCAUGACAGAUUGGUCGCAGACAAGGGAGAAACUAAGAGUGAUUCACUGCAAAUUAACUUUUAGAUUUCAAGAACUAGAAAUCUUACACAAGGAAAAGUUGCUUCAGGGAAAAACUAAAUGAGCUACUUAAUUGAUAACUAAAGAUAUUAUGUUUUCAUCAGUAAGGUUUGAAUUAAGGAGCCAAUACAGAGAUGUUCAGACAAUAUGAACUAAAAUGCUUGCUCCAUUAACUUGCUUACACCUUUAAUUACUAUUUUACAUGGAGUGAAAUUUAAAUGCUUGCGCUUUAAACUGUUUAUUCUUGUAUCUUUAUCCAAUAAAUAUUUUUUUCUACA